CAACGCUGCGAACCCUGGAAUGCUCAGUUGCAUGUACAUACCGUCGUACCUAGGUACUUAGUACCUACUUGUAGUUAGCGGGGACGGCCCCUGCAGCAAAUAGAUCAGCAUCCAGAUGCGAUUCCCUGCAUAUCCGGUGAUCUUUAGCUGCGACCAGGACCAGGGUGCCUGCCUAAUGAUCUCACUGGUGGCUCUUUUUUCCUUCUUUUCUUAUCUUAUUACCCCGGACCCAUGUUGCUUGAACUUGCUUCCCUUGCCUGUUGAGUUACUUCAGUGCCAACGGCGCUUUGUUCUACAUCGUCUUUUUCUUCCCUCUCUAAUACACAUCCUCAACUUACCCGCUGCCUAGUCCUCAUAUUCGCUGCUCUACUACUGCCCUACUACAUAUCUUCACUUUCCAUCUAACGUGUCAAAUCAAGAUGCGCUCCACCAUACUAGUUGCAGCUGGCCUCGUCACCCGGGCCCUCAGCCAUGGUGACCACAGCGGCGGAUCGCAAAAACCAAUGGUCGAUCAGAACGCCAACUGGAUGACGAAACAUAUGGCCGAAGAACAUCAUAUCGGCGACUUUGACGCCUCGUCCUUCUUCGGUUUACACGACUACGACGCUGACGGGCACUGGGAACCCGAGGAGAUCCUGCGCACUUACGGACUAAUGGACGAUUCGAACAAGGAUGUGCCGCAAUCCCGACGUGACGAAAUCGAGCGCCAACUACUGCACCUACUCGACACCGACGGCGACGGAUUCGUUACGCGCGAUGAGUUUGUUGCGUUCAUUGACUCUGGAAAGACGCUACCCGACGUGGGUACCGGCCCGGGCCACCACGGCGAUGACGAGUACGAGUACGAGAUCCACCACUGGGAAAAGUACCAUGACGAGAACACCAAGCUCGAGGAAUUGACGCACCCCGAAGACAUCGAGCACUUUAAGAAACACGAUAUGCUUGAGGACGAGGAGGAAAGGCUCGAGAAGCUUAACAAGAUGUCCAUCGUAGAGGAUAACAUUCCCAACAAGUUUAAAAGAACCUUAUGAUUUCACGGCACUGGUAAUUUAGGUAGGUAUGUAAUUGGGUAGGGGAAGAAGGCAGGGUUUUUGGGGGGAGGGGUUUUCUAGGCUGGCUGGCUUGGCGGCAAGAAUAUAGGCACGAGUUACGACACAACAUGGAAUAAUCAGAUGCGUUGAUGUUAAGAUCUUGUCAUGUUUUGGUAU